AUGGACGCGCUUCCAGGCCACGGACCUUUUUCUAGGCACCGGUCCCACUUCCAGCCCAUGGAUGCAUUUCCACCCACCAGAAACACUUCCCAACCCCCGACCCGCUUCCAGCCCCAGGACCUGCUUCCAGACCCUGGACCCACUUCCAGGCCCUGGGACCGCUUCCAGCCAACGGACGCACUUGCAGCCCAUGGAUGCACUUCCAUCGACCAGAAACCACCCUUCCCAACCCCCGACCAGCUUCCAGCCCCAGGACCUGCUUCCAGCCCCAGGACACUCUUCCAGCCCCCUGAUCUGCCCCAGUCCCGUUUCCAGGCCCCUGACCCGCUUCCAACCAUCGGACCCGCUUCCAGCCCCCGGAAACUCUUCCUGAUCCUGGACCCGCUUCCAGCCCCAGAACUCGCUUCGGGCCCACAGUCCCGCUUCCAGCCCCCCGACCCGCUUCCAGACCCCCGACCCGCUUCCAGCCUCCAGAAUCGCUUCCAGGCUGCAGACACACUUCCAGCCCCAGGACCCCUUUCCAGCCCCCGGACACGGACAGGAACCGCUUCCAUCACCCGGACCCGCUUCCAGGCCCCUGACCCAAUUCCAGCCCCUGGACCCACUUCCAGCCCCAAGACCCGCUUCCAGGCCUCGGACCUGCUGCAAGCCCACAGUCCCGCUUCCAAGCCGCAGACCUGCUUCCAGCCCCCGGACCCACUUCCAGGACCCGUUUCCAGCCCCCGGACCCGUUUCCAGCCCCCGGACCCGCAUCCAGCCCCCGGACCCGCACCCAGCACCCGAACACGCUUUCAGCCCCCGGACCUGCUUCCAGGCCAGGAACCGUUUCCAGCACCUGGACCCGCUUCCAGGACCCUGAACCGCUUCCAGCCCCCAGACCCGCUUCCAGCCCAUGGACGCGCUUCCACCCACCAGAAACACUUCCCGACCCCCGACCCGCUUCCAGCCCCAGGAUCUGCUUCCAGAUCCCGGACCCGCUUCCAGACCCCGACCCCCUUCCAGACCCUGGACCCACUUCCAGCACCCGGACCUGCUUUCAGCUCCCGGACCCGCUUCCAGCCCCCGCAUACACUUCCAGCCCCUGGACACGCUUCCAGCCCCGGAACCGCUUACAGUCCCCGGACACGCUUCCAGGCCCUAGACGCGAUUCCAGCCCACUGUCCCGCUUCCAGCCCCCGGACCCGCCUCCAGGCCUCGGACCCACUUGCUUUCCCCGGAACCACUUCCAGCACCCAGACCCGCUUGCAGCCCCCGGACCAGCAUCCAGGCCCCAGUCCCACUUCCAGCCCCCAGAUGCGUUUCCAGCCCCCGGACCUGCUUCCAGCCCCUGGACCCGAUUCUAGCCCCAGACCCGCUUCCAGCCCUCGGACUGGCUUUCAGGCCCAGGACACGCUUUCAGGGCCAGGACACGCUUUCAGCCCCAGGACCCAUUUCCAGCCCACAGUCCUGCUUCCAGUCUGCACACACACUUCCAGCCCCAUGACCCGCAUCCAGCCCCCGGAAAAGUUUCCAGCCCCCAGAGAGUCUUUCAACCCCAGGACCCGCUUCCAGCCCCCGGACGCGUUUCCAGUCCCCGGAACCGUUUCCAGCCCCCGAACCCGCUUUCAGCCUCAGGACACGCUUUCAGCCCCAGGAUCCGCUUCCAGCCCCCGACCCGCUUCCAGUCUCCGGACCCGCUUCCAGGCCCCAGACGCUCCAGCCCCGGGACCCGCUUUCAGCCUCAGGACCAGCUUCCAGCCCCUGGAUCCGCUUCCAGGCCCCGGACGCGCUUCCAACUCCCGGACUUGCUUCCAGCCCCAGGACCCGCUUCCAGGCACCAGACCUACUUCCAGCCAACAGAUCCACAUUCAGCCCCCUGACCUGCUUCCUGGCCAGGAACCGCUUCCAGCACUCGGACCCACUUCCAGUCCCAGGACACGCUUUGAGCCCCAGGACCCGCUUCCAGCCCCUGGACCUGCUUCCAGCCCCCGGACCAGCUUCCAGCCCUCGGACCAGCAUCGAGGCCCCGGUCCCACUUCCAGACCCCAGACGCGCUUCCAGCACACAGACCUGCUUACACUCUACAGACACGCUUCCAGCCCCCUGACCCGCAUCCAGCCCCCGGAAAAGUUUCCAGCCCCCAGACUGUCUUUCAGCCCCAGGACCCGUUUCUAG